AUGCGCGCCCUCGGCCCCCCCCGCCGCCGCCGCCCGCUGGCGCAGCUGAGGCGGCGGCAGCAGCAGGCACCGCGGCGCGGCCGCCCCGCCCCGCCCCGCCCCGCCCUCCACCCCGGCGCGGGGCCGGCCAUGUAGGCGGGGCGGCGCGGCCGCCGUCGCCGGACAUCAUGGAGGACAUCAGCUCGAACGUGAACGCGGACGCGGAGGUGCGGAAGCUGCAGGAGCUGGUGAAGAAGCUGGAGAAGCAGAACGAGCAGCUCCGCAGCCGCCACGGCGCCCUGCCCGCCGCCCCCGCCAGCCCCAAGCGGCUGCCGCCCGCCGGGCCCUCCCCGCCGCCCCCCGCGCCGCCGGACGGCCGCUGCCUCAGCCCCCGCCUCGGCGCCGCGCCGCGCCGGCCGCCCCCCGAGGAGCCGGCCGACGGCAGGGGCGGUGCGGCGGCGGCCGGCGGCGAGGGCGCUGGGCUCCUGGACGACGCGUUGCUGCUGAGGCCCGACGAGCUGGAGCGGCUGGCCGGCUGCGAGGAGGACGAGACCGGCUGGUUAUAUACAUCUCCAAAGAAGAAACUGACUCCAGUGCAAAAAUCUGUUAGUCCAUUAAUUUGGUGCAGGCAGGUGUUGGAUUACCCAAGUCCUGACAUUGAAUGUGCUAAAAAAUCACUGAUCCACAGGCUGGAACAGACAAUGUCAGUUCUCAAGAGACAGAGUUUGUACAGUAACCCUUUUAGUGUGGUCAGUUACGCAAGCUCCUACAGUCCAAAUACUAGUAGCCCCUACAGCAGUGGUUUCAACUCUCCCUCCUCAACACCAGUGAAAUCUGCUUUAGUGAAACAGCUCAUACCUCCUGGUACCUCAGGUCAUCUUAAAAGUUCAGCAGAUAGAAACCCUCCACUAAGUCCACAGUCCUCUCUGGACAGUGAGUUAAGUGCUUCAGAGAUGGAUGAAGACUCUAUUGGAUCAAAUUACAAGCUAAAUGAUGUUACAGAUGUGCAAAUUUUAGCACGAAUGCAGGAAGAAAGCCUCCGGCAAGAGUAUGCAGCAACUACUUCUCGACGUAGUUCAGGUUCUUCUUGCAAUUCUACGAGACGAGGCACGUUCAGUGAUCAGGAACUUGAUGCACAGAGUUUAGAAGAUGAAGAAGAUGGCGCACAUCACACAGUGCACCCUGCUGUUAGCAGGUUCUCACCAUCACCUCGCAGCUCCCCCUGGCCUUCACCAAAACAAUCUCCAAGGAAUUCACCUCGUUCCCGAUCACCUGCUCGAACCAUAGAGUACAGUAGAGUGUCUCCCCAACCUAUGAUUAGCCGUUUACAGCAACCUCGUCUUUCUCUUCAAGGCCAUCCUACAGAUUUACAGACUAGCAAUGUGAAAAGUGAAGAAAAAUUAAGGCGUAGUCUUCCAAACCUAUCCAGGACAUCUAACAUCCAAGCUGAGUCUGUGAAAAACAGCAGAAGUGACUCAAACUUCCAAGUGCCAAAUGGAGGAAUACCUCGCAUUCAACCUCAAGCCUCAGCCACUCUGCAAAGGCAGAAAAAUUUGCCUCGUGCUGCCUUCAAAACCAAACAGUUUCUUCAAACUCCAUCUACAAAAGGAGUACCUUCUCCAAGUAAAUUCCGCUCACCCGCAGCACCAUCUCCCCUAGCUCUCCGACAACCAGUGAAAGCAUUUAGUAACCAUGGACCUGGUUCUGUUGCUUCUCCAGAAGCCACACAGCUGACACACAGUAGUUCUUCACCAGGGCCUCUUGCAGCUCAGAGUUCAGGCUUGCCAAGCCCUGCCAACAGCAUUAACAGUGCUACUCUUACCAGACCAGCAGGGACAGCAGGGAUGAGGAGUGGUUUGCCCAGACCCAGUGCCCCUUCUACUGGGGGCAUCCCAGUGCCUCGCAGCAAACUUGCACAGCCUGUUCGCAGAUCAUUACCUGCUCCCAAAACCUAUGGCAACAUGAAAGAUGAGAGCUGGAAAGAUGGCUGCUACUGAACUGCAAAGUUCCAGUGCUCAUGGAUACUUCCUCACCAGGCUAAAAGACAGCUUGAUUAUACAGACUGUUCAGAUGUGACUUUUGGGAUUUGUAAAAAUCCCAGACCUCUCUGUCUCUAAUUAGCACAAACUGGCAGAGAUUAUAAAGCAGCACUUUAAUGACAUCUAACAUCAGAUGUUUGGUGAUCAUACAAUCGCUUUUACAUGAAAUUGCUAUCAGUUCUGUUGGGGUUUUUUUUCCUUGCUUGCUAAAAGUGUAUCAAUUUGAGCAUUUAUGACAGUGGCCAAUGUCUGGGCAAAAACCUAACGAAUGCCAAAGAAAUGCCCAUCUUGAAAAGCAGCAAGUAUAACAGCCAACUUACAUUGUCCAAAACUUCAGUCUGUUUUAAUUCAGCAGAGAGACUGAAUACAUACAAUUGAAACAACACUAUAUUAAUCAGAGCUAAUAUUCUGAUUGCAGACUGCUACAGUGCUAGUGAAACAUUGACUUUAACAAUUGUGUAAGAUUCUGUUGGGGAAGUGGUAUGUACAUCCUUCAGAAAGAAUCAGAUGUUACUCUGGAGGAUUAAGCAGAACAGUAAAUGGUAGUCAUGCCUUUUUUUUAAUCAGUAAAGGUUUGAAUGUAGCAGAUGUACAGAAAUGCAGUAGUAUAGAUUGCAUCUUUCGUAUGUUGAUUUGAUAUAUCAGUUUUACAUGCUGUUAUAAGUUUGAUUGCCAAAAGGGCUUAGUAUCAGUUAUACAAUCUUUCUAAACCUUAAAGUUCCUUGCUCAGGAAAGAUGGCCUUUGCUAUUGUAGCCACAUUUUUAACACAUGGCUUGCUAUUUGGGGAAAACUUUUUUUUAUAGCAGGUUUCCUUAAAAAGGAAAGAGCAAGUAGUACUAUUAAUUUGUUCUAAUAACAUACCACUAUGCUUACAGCCUGGAACACAACUGUAAAUGCUGAUAGUUAAUGGGAAGGAAACACAACUAUGCACUUGUAACAUACAAAUUCCAAGGUAAUGAGUUGUACUCUCAAUGCCAAAUGAUAUUCAUUUAGAUGAUGUUCCAUGGUAUGAGGGAGUUUUCUGUAUCCUAUUUUUUUACUUUCAUCCAUUUCUUAAAUUGGUUUAUUUUAAAUUGUAAAUAUUUUUACAGAAGUUAUUGCCCAUGUAAGUGUGUUUAAAUAUGUACUUUGCCUUACAUAUAUGUAUCUUACAUUACUGGUAACAGAGUAUGAAACCUGCUACAUCUGUUUACAAACUAUUAAAUUCUUCUGGUGGCUCUGACUUAUUCUAGCACUCACAUCUUGGUCAGAACUCAUUCAUAUAAUUAGCAUUUGAACCAUUGCUUUCUGUUUUGGAAGACGUCAUGCAAACAUUUGUAAAGUUGUAUUGGGUGGGAAGAGUUAAAUGGAAGGGAUUUUGUUUGAAGCUUUUUCAAAAUUUUGGAUGUACAGUUGAUGAAGUAACAGAAUGUGAAUGGUAUCCUUUGUGCAAUGACUGACAAACACUAGAAGUUGGAUUGGACGGUAGGUGGCCUUCAACCCUGUUAGUAUCAGAGCUGUGAACUGCUGGUGUACUUUGAUUCCCACCACUAAGAGGGUAACUAAUCCUGAAAUUCUAGCACUUGAAUUUUAGGCCAGCAUUAACAUAUUCCUGGAUGAAAAGCCAUGCAAUACUACUUGAGUUGGAAGAAGCCAAAUAGGAAGGAGAGGAGACUAAAUUGCAGCUCUAAUUACUCAAGCAGCUGUAGGCAAACUUUGGAUUGACCAAUGACUUCACACUCCAGACUGAGAUCUGUGCUGAGACUUUGAAGUCAGGGUAUCAAGUAUAUUGUAAUUCAAUAUGAUUUCAGCAGGGGUAAAGAUCCUACCUUCCACCAUUAGACCAGUACAUACCACUAAUCUAGUCUUGUGCCAUUUUCUGGCACAGAUGAUGGAUAUCAGUUAGUAAAUAUCUCAUGUAACUACUAAGCAGAAGACAGGACUAGAUCAAAUGUACCUGUUCUCAUUAAAAUCCAAAUUUUAACAUUUCAGCAUUUUACAAAGCAAUGCUGCAAUCUUCAUUGAAAAUAGGCAAAUUUUAAUUGGAUUCUUUUAAACAAAUAAAUUUUAAAUUUUGAAAGUCAGUUUAGAUGAAGAUAUUGGGGUUUCCCUGUGGCUGCAUCAAAUUAUUGUGUUUCCUUAAGUAAUUCAUCACUUGGAUAAGUUGAGCUUAACUUCUAUAACCAUUCUUUUCUCUGCUAUUCUUCUCCCCCUGAAACAUAGCUAACAACUUCCUGAAAAGAGAAACUGUCUGUUUACUAGAAAGCCUUUGUGCAUUACCAGUUUAUUGAUAUCAGGAAAUCGUGGGGCUCCAUGUUUAGAGAUAUACUGCAGAAGUGGAAAUAUGGAUUUGAUAAACUAGUGCCUAUGAUUUACUUAACUUAUGUUUGAUAUAGUAGUAAGCAUUUUAUGAAUGUGGAUUACUUUUUGUGCCAACAGCUCGGAAUUGUUGUAUGUAUGUAGGCAGAAAGACUUGUUCUGCUUCCAAAGUUAUUUAAUUUUUUGUGUUUGAAUGUUUUUGUAAGUGUUAAAAGUGUAAAAUAUAUAUAUAAAAUAUUCUUACCAUAAAACACUUCCUGGGUCAUUAUUUUUAUAACAAACUGUUUCUAAAAUUUUAAAGGCUUUUUUAAAAGAUCUUUUGUUUUGUUUUAUUUUUAAGAACUGUGUCAAGCUGCCAAAUCCUAGACCUAAAUUCCUGUAUGUAUUUACUUGCCUACAAUUUCAGUGUUCCAGUAGUUAGCAAGAUGAGUUACAGGGUCAGUAAUUAAUAAAUUGAGUCUAACACACAUUUAGACAACAGUCUAAAGCUCUGGUACAUGAUCUGCCUUUCAUUUUUACAGAAUUCAUGCUCACUUCAAACCACUGAAUGAAAGAAUUUUUUCAUUUUGAAAAUUCUGGAAUUCAUUCUUACACAGAUAAUUGAGCACUGUAAAACUGUAGCUAGUAAGCCUUCCUUGAACUGUUCAGUAUAAGUUUUAUCUAUUUCAAAUAUGAAUGCCUAUAUCUUUUGAUGGAUAACAAGAAGCCUUGAAUAUUUUUAAGAGCGGUGUGUGGCCAGCAACUCUUAGCCAUUGCUUUAUAUGUGCAUCUUCUUCCAAACAAUAUUUUAUGCUUUUACUGCUAUAUUCUUUUCUGUUGUGUGUUUUGACUCUCAUACAUACAGGAAGUUUGUUUUGAACUUGGGAACUUUCUGUAAUCUGCAUUUUGCUACAAAGCAACAUAUGCAACAGUCUGCAUGUUCUGCCACACCUUGAUUGAAUCAUCUAACUGCUGCCUUUGUAUUAGCUAGUUUAUUGCUUAUCUAUUUUACCACUGCAGUAGGCUGCAAAUAAUCAGACUUCACAGUUCUGAAAUCUAGAACACUCUGAGUAAUAUGAGUGGAAUAAGUAACAAGCUCUUUGCAGUUUUGUUUAAAUGGAGGUUAUUAUAGUGGAGAUGCUACCUAACAAUUUUGUAACAAUAGCUGAGAUGUGACAGAUAUGGUAAGCCUGUUCCUCUAACGUGAAUAACAUCUUUUUAUCAUGUUGGCGUUAAUAUAGUUAAACUAAGUUUACUUCUAUUUGAUGUGUUACUGUUAAAUGUAUUUAAUAAAAUUUAACCACUGA